AUUGAAAGAAAAUAAUAUUUGUAAUAUUUAUUGUAGUGUAUCCUUUUAUUAAUUUAAAGAUCUUUUAUGUCUUUAUUUCAUCCCCGCGAUGCGUUUAUAUUUCACCAGGAACGAAUCCAGCGAAUAAACGAGGGCGAUGAAGUCGACACAUCGGCUGUACAAAAGGUUCAAAUCGAUCUUCAGCACAUUUCUGAUACUGAAUCAACUGCCCUGUUUACCUUCUCUCAUGAAGAUCACACAUUAGGUAACCCACUUCGUCAUGUGCUCAUGCAAAACCCGGAGGUUGCUACGGCGGGUUAUUCCAUUCCUCACCCCUUAGAACCGAAGAUGCUCCUGCACGUGCAAGCAACGGAUUACGCGGUGUAUGUCGUUACGGCCGGGCUAGAGCGGCUGGCCUCCAUUUGUGAUGAGACUUUGGCGAACUUUAACGCCUGCGUGGCGAAGCCGGAAGAGGAAGCCGCAACAAGCUAGGCCUUAAUUUACACCAGCGUUGAAUUUCCACCUUUUAGUUUGCAUUGGGUGGGUGUUGAAAAGAAUGAGUGGAUAAGUGCGCUUACGUUGUUAUAGGGGUAGCUAUUUAAUAAUAAUGCAUUACAAAUAUUUUGACGUGUAAAGAAGCGAUUUUUUUAAA